GUCAGGCCCGUGUUCUCCGCGCGGUUGGAUGUGGCGCGCGCUACUGCGAGCUGCUGUCUCUCUGCGCGAGCUCGAAGAUGGCGGUGUCCGUGUUUCCCGGCGUGCGGCUCCUCUCUAUCGGGGACGCCAACGGAGACAUCCAGCGGCAUUCCGAGCAGCAGCCCCUGCGGCUGGAGGUGAAGACCACGCCGGACGCGGCGCUUCUAAACCUCUCGAACAAUGAGGAGGCGAGCGUGUUUAAGUGUUCAGUGUCACGGGAGACGGAGUGCAGUCGUGUGGGGAAGCAGUCCUUCAUCAUAACACUGGGCUGUAAUAGUGUGCUUCUGCAGUUCGCCUCCCCCACAGAUUUCUCCUCAUUCUACAAUCUGCUGAAGAACUGUCGUGGCCAUGUGAAUGAGCACUCAGUGUUCAGCGAGAGGACGGAAGAGUCAUCGGCUGUACAGUACUUUCAGUUCUAUGGCUAUCUUUCUCAGCAGCAGAACAUGAUGCAGGACUAUGUUAGAACUGGAACUUAUCAACGGGCCAUUCUCCAGAACCAUACCGACUUCAAGGACAAGGUGGUGUUGGACGUGGGAUGUGGCUCAGGGAUCCUGUCGUUUUUUGCAGCUCAGGCUGGUGCGCGUAAAGUGUAUGCUGUGGAGGCCAGCACCAUGGCUCAGCACGCAGAGGUUUUGGUGAACAGUAACAGGUUGACGGAGCGUGUGGUAGUAAUCCCAGGAAAGGUAGAGGAGGUCACCCUACCUGAGCAGGUGGACAUCAUCAUCUCCGAACCCAUGGGCUAUAUGCUGUUUAAUGAGAGGAUGCUGGAGAGCUACUUGCAUGCCAAGAAAUUCCUCAAACCAAAUGGUAAAAUGUUCCCCACCAUUGGCGAUGUCCACCUCGCUCCUUUCACAGACGAGCAGCUCUACAUGGAGCAGUUCACCAAAGCCAACUUCUGGUACCAGCCAUCUUUCCAUGGGGUGGAUCUGUCUGCACUGAGGGGAGCUGCUGUAGACGAGUACUUCAGACAGCCGAUUGUGGACACGUUUGACAUCCGAAUCUUGAUGGCCAAAUCUGUGAAAUACACAGUUAACUUUUUAGAAGCUAAAGAGGAGGACCUUUAUAAGAUAGAGAUCCCCUUUAAGUUCCACAUGAUGCACUCAGGGUUGGUGCAUGGCCUGGCUUUCUGGUUUGAUGUUGCAUUUAUGGGAUCUGUGAUGACAGUGUGGCUCUCCACGGCACCCACUGAGCCCCUGACUCAUUGGUAUCAGGUGCGCUGUCUCCUGCAGUCGCCACUCUUCGCCAAAGCGGGAGACACCAUGUCGGGCACGGCCCUGCUCAUCGCCAACAAGAGGCAAAGCUAUGACAUCAGUAUUGUUGCUCAAGUUGAUCAGACUGGCUCCAAGUCCAGCAACCUCCUGGAUCUGAAGAACCCCUUUUUCAGAUACACAGGCACCACCCCUAACCCUCCUCCCGGCUCACACUACACCUCCCCCUCUGAGAACAUGUGGAACACUGGGGGGGCCUAUAGCAUGAGCCAAGGCAUGGCUGUGUCAGGAAUGCCAGCAGCUUAUGACCUCAGCACUGUCAUCGGUGGCAGUGGCUCUACAGUUUCCCACAACAACCUCAUCCCCCUUGGUACAGACACGCAUGCACUGAACACGGGGAUUGUGAACCACACUCACUCCAGAAUGGGCUCGAUCAUGAGCACAGGAAUUGUCCAGGGAGCUACAACCCAGCAGGGUCCGACCAGCACCAGCACCCACUAUCCCGUCACUAACCAGUUCACCAUGGGCGGUCCUGCCAUCUCAAUGGCCUCACCUAUGGCCAUCCCCAGCAACACGAUGCAUUAUGGGAGCUAAGGCUCCUGCCUGCUUCCCCUCCCCUUUGCAUGUCCAGCCUCCCAAACUGACCACAGCCUAAACCAGAUUACCAAAUCCAGUGCUGCAGCAUCUGACUGUCACCUUUUCCCUCCCUCUCGUCUUGAUGUAUAUUCGUAUAUAAUUAUAUAUAAAACCUCUUUCUCUGUCUCUUUCCGUCCCACCCACGCACCCCCACCCCCCCAUCGUACAAUGCCAGCCUUCGCUCUGUCUUGGACAGUUCGGGGGUGUGAUGCCAUCACUCUCCUCCUUCACACUAGUGCAGUUCCAGGAUUAGCCACAAGGAGGCAGUGGACUGUCUUGAGCUUUGGGAUUUGACGGAAUGUUCUUUGCAGAACAGUUUUUAGAAAAAAAAAAAGUAAAUACUUAUCAGAUGUACAUUCAUACAAGAGACACUCAAUGAAAUGUCAGUGAUG